AUGCCAAAGGACCGCUUGGCACAAUGGACACAAGAAGUGGUGUCAAGUUCUAAGGUGCACCGUUGUAAAAUCUCGGGAAUGGCCAAAGAUGUAGAAUCGCGCGUUCGUGAAGCACAGCGGCAGUUCCCUGCAUUCAAAGAUCAGCUUGUGCUCAUGCUAGACAUGACUGUGUAUCCGCCAGAGGUCCACGUGCUCCCCGUGCACAAGCUUGAGCAGUUUCCUGGGGAUGACCCCAUAUGGCCAGAGAUCGCUAUCGAGAUUCGCCAACAAAGCGACUCACCACCGAAAGGAUACAUGUUUUCGGUGGUCAAGGUCCACUUGGGGAAGUCGAAGUUCACACUGUUCAGCCCGAGCACGGCGUUGUUAUUUUUCGGACAAUGA